AUGAGCUCAGACUCGGACGAGCCAGGUCGAUUGGGUGUUGAAACCAAACAAUUGAGAGGUUAUCAAGAGCGAAUAGUUGCGGAAGCUAGCGAGCGAAACUCUAUCGUUGUCUUACCCACAGGUACCGGUAAAACCCUCAUCGCAUGUGCUCUGAUUCUCCACCUCAUGCGCACGCGGUCUGCGAGGAAGACGCUAUUCAUAGUCCCUACUAUUGCGCUGAUGGACCAACAAGCAGCAGUUAUAGCGAGAGAGACAGGGCUGGGCGUGAUUACCAUGGGCGGUGGACGACAGCCCACGAGACUCUCGCUGAAGAAUGCGGACGUUGUGGUGGCCUUACCGGCUGCUUUCAUGAACGCUUAUGAGGAGAGCCAUGCCUCGCAUACCACCAGAGAAGAAAAC